GGGGAUAAUCUGCAGCCAGAGUGUAGUGCAUGAACUAUACUUUGCUCCCCCCUUAUUUCCAAAACCGCACGAACGAUACAGCCGAAAGGAAAACAAAAACAUCACGUGGUAUUCGUACCCAAAAUAAAACUUCCAGGUUUUGUUCCGACUACGUACUUGCAAUGGAAAUACUGAGGCAUCAAACAAACCCGGCAUCCGAAAGAAACCUUCAACAAGAAAGGAUUCCGUCCCACCCACACUGCAACGUCGUAUCCCAAAGGGCCCCAAAAACCCAACAGAUCACCACCCUCGCCCAGACCUUACCCUACGGCAAAAUCACGCGCAACGCCCCAAAAAAAGCUUCCAGAUGAUAACAUAGCGGAUUUUGAUUAAAAAGUAAAUCAAAUAGGUACCCUUACCAAAGUUCUCGCCUUGAAAAACACCCCCCAAUUCCAAAUUGCGAUCCACCAUCGCAACGCCUGAGCAAGUAUGGAGAAAGGGCGUCGCCUAAAUCCCUCUCGCCUAAAUACGAGCCAAAGUAGAAGAGCCACCAACGACCAAAGAAAAACAUGUAUUGAGAUCCAUCCUAGGAGGUAGAGAUGGAGCGGUCCCCACAUGCUCUCAAUAUGGAUAAGCUACUGGGUAUUGACAUCAAAAGAAGAGCGAGGACAAAGCGUUUGUCUUGGAAAUAAUUCAAUUUUUUUUUCUUUCGUCUUGUAUUCUUGCUUGCUUUCGUUGCUUUGCACAGCCGUCGUCAGAAAAGCCAAUAUUUACGUGGGAUGACUGGUAGCCGAUUUUCAGCUCACCACCUCGAACCAGACUCCGAGAGAGCACGCGUCAUGUUGUUGGAGAAAUCUGCCUUUCCAUUAUUGAAUCAAGUCGAAAUCCAAUAGCUCCCGUUCUCUUUCAAGAAGGAUAUCCUGGGGGGAGGUGUUGGCACCGAGGCGUUUUGGGGCUCGUUUUCGGAUUGCUGCCUGUACGCGAAAGGAUUCUCGGGCGAUAGUUCUCGGUGUAGAGGGCUCAGAUGCGCAGCGAGUGAUGGGAAGUGUGCGAAGUAUGUAUAAUGACUCGGUGGUGAGGGAGGGUUGAAGUUAUUUAACAAGUCUCAGUUCCGGGUGAAAGAUGUCAAAUAUUGUCAAAUAACAUUCGCCAACACUAUUGUGUUGAACACUUCUCAUCCAUCGGUUACUUUAAGUGUAUUAUACCCUUUUUAGAACAUCUCCAGCCAGAACUUUCAGUCGAGAAAGUAUUCAACAUGACAGGAUCCAAGUCAACCGUUUCAGUGUCGAAGUCUUUGAGCCCGUGGAUACUUGUGUUACUAUGCUUGCUAGUAACAAUCGAUGCCCAACUUCUAGAGAGAAAGGUUAUAACUCGAGAUGGUUCCAACUUCACACGAAAAUUUUCUCUCACCCAGAACAAAAAUCCCAACUGGGAACCAAGAGAAAUUCCAGUAACCGACAUCUAUGCCCGUCCAUUUCGAAAGCAUAGAAUCCGCAUGCCAAAGCAACUCCGAGAAGGUGUCAUGGAGCUGGCAGCAGAAGAGUCGAAUAGCACCUCACUAAAACACAAAAGAGCCAACGGCGUCAAAACCAAAGACAACAAUGGAUUGUAAGUACUGAACAUAGGACUAAACUCAAAGCAUUCGCUAACAAGCGUUUCGAUUAGAUAUACAUACCCUGUUGGCAUGGGAGAGGAUCUCAAUCAGAAUCCUGUCCAGACACUCCAAAUUCUCUUCGAUACAGGUUCUGGAGACUUUUGGGUUUGGUCAUGGCUCAUGCCAGAGACUAUAACUCAAGGACGCAGAAUAUACAACGCCUCUAACUCUCAUGCCUCCGCUAGGUGGCCAGGCCAAUCCUUCAACAUUCCUUAUGCAUCAGGGAGUGCAUACGGGUUGGUUUAUCAAGAUACUGUCUGGGCAGAUGGGCUUGAAUUUGGUCUUACAGGAACUCCAGUUGAAUGUGCUCAAGACGUUGGUGGGGAUCGUUUAAAACAACUGACGAAUGUUGAUGGGAUUAUGGGUUUAAAUACGUGGACCACAGACUCGGAAUCACCACAACCACAGCAGACGUGGCUCAGCUUCUCUGUCGAUAACCUUCUCGCAGGUGAGUGAUAGGUAUAUAUAUCCGAAAGAAAACAAAAGCUAACUUGUUUUUCAGAGUCUGUAUUUACCAUCGCUCUCGUCCGAAACGGAAUCGGAACGAUCGACUUUGGCGUAAUCGACAAAAGCAAGUACACCGGCAACAUCAUCUGGACACCAGUCGUACCAACCCCCGGCUGGGCAGCAUCAGGCUACUGGCUCUUCGAAUGGAGCGGCUGGGCCAUAGGAAGAGGGGCAUACAACCGAACCACCAACCUAGUCCUCACAGACUCCGGUACCAACCUCACCCUCUUGCCACUCUCCAUGGCAAAGAAGUACUACGCGCAAGUCGCCGGGGCGUACCAACUCUCCACUGGAUUCUGGACAUUCCCUUGUGCUUCGACCUUGCCCUCUUUUACUUUUGGGAUUGGAGCGGCUCGGGUCACUAUUCAGCCCAAGAAUAUGGUCUUUUUGGAGCUUGAUGAUAAUGUCAUGUGCUUAGGGGCCAUUCAGAAUACAGAGGAGGAUGGGUUUGUGUUGUUGGGAACCCCUUGGCUAGAAGGCUUGUUCCUUGUUCAUGAUUAUGGGCGAAAGCGUCUUGGAUUUGCUGCGAGAACCAAUUGAAAUGAACAAGGGGGCAUUUUGGGGUUGUGGGGUUUUGGCUUGUGACGAGUAUGUAGGCUAGGUGUCAAGAUCAGAG